AUGGAGCGGACCGAGCUGUUGCUGGCAGAGAUGACCGAAGGGAGCAGCAGCACGGUACAGGCGGCGUCGGCGGCCUACACCGCCAAACUGAUCGGGCGUGCAGAAAGCGAAGUGCCGAUGGUGUCGAUGGAUGGUGAGGCCCACCCGAACAUGACGCUGGCCGCCGUCGGGCUCGGUGCACUGGUCGCACUCAUCAUACUGCUCACGCUGAUCGCCUUCAUAACGCGCCGCGAGCGAAGUGCGCAAAGCAAGGACCCUGGCGGGCAAGGACCCGGAACGCCCGCACCGGUCCCGACCGGCGGAACCCGACCCAAGCGACCCGACACGACACCGAGCCUGGCUGCUGCAAGGUGUCCCCCGGUGGGACCUGGUCCCGCGCCACGCUGCGUGACGUUUGCGAACGAUUUCGAGCUGGCAGACGUAGUGGUAACGCGAAUGUGAAUGCAAGGAACGGGAAGCCUUCUCGACGAACGCACUGUUGUUGCUUUUGUUGCUGUUGUUUUUAUUGUGUAUAGAGACUGCUUUGUAACACGCUACAGAGCUGCUAGGUGGUAAGGGAAUGCGUGCGGGGGAAAGCAACGGAUGCAACCUACUAGGGCGUAGCUUUAAGUGUGUGUUGCGUGCGGAGAUGUAACGAGUGCACUUGGGUGUUUAGAAUUAGUGGACUGGGCCGCGCUGAAGUGGUUCGGCAUUGGUAGAUUCGGUGGCUUUCUGGCGCUUCCUUCGUGUGUGUGUGUGUGUGUGUGUGUGUGUGUGGUAGCUUCGCAAGUUCUAAGUUACAAGAGUUCUUCAAUGAUCUUCGACUAUUGGCGGCACACUUUCUGCCCUCUUUCCGACUCCCGUUUUUUU